GCCGGCAGCGCAGGGCGGAGCGGGGGGGGCGCUUCGGGGCCUGCCGAGCGGGCUCCCUGGCGUCGCCGCCCCCCCUUCACGCCCGCCCGCCCGCCGUCGGGGUGCUCGGCGGUACUAGUGGGGCGCCGGCGGGGGCGAGCCAGGCUGGCGGGGCUGGGGUCGGCGUGUCCGGGCCUGCCCUGCUUCCGCGCCGCCCGGGCCUGCUCCUCGAAGGGCCGGCCGACGUGGCACUCGUGGCCAGGAAAAGGAGGAGCAGGAGGCGGCGGCGGCGGCGGCGGCAGCAGGAGGAGGAGGAGGAGGAGGAGGAGGAAGGCGCCCGAGCGCCGCCACUUCCCCGGCCAGACCAGCGGCAGCGGCGGGCAGGAGGCGCCCCCCCCCCCGCCACACACCCACCCGCCCCCUCCGGAGCGCCCCCGCCCUCUCCACAGGCCAUGGGGAACAACGACCUGAUGGGCACCGCCGAGGACUUCGCUGACCAGUUCUUGCGGGUAACGAAACAGUACCUUCCCCACGUGGCCCGGCUCUGCCUGAUCAGCACGUUCCUUGAGGAUGGCUUUCGCAUGUGGUUCCAGUGGAGUGAGCAGAGGGACUACAUUGAUGCCACAUGGAGCUGUGGCUAUUUCCUGGCCUCCAUCUUUGUGUUCAUAAAUCUCUUUGGACAAUUAAGUGGCUGCAUCCUGGUGCUGAGCAGGAACUUUGUCCCAUACGCCUGCUUUGGAUUGUUCGGGAUUAUAGCUUUACAGACAAUUGCCUACAGCAUUCUAUGGGACCUGAAGUUUUUGAUGAGAAAUCUCGCUCUUGGGGGUGGUCUCCUGCUGCUCUUGGCUGAGUCUCGGUCGGAAGGGAAGAGCAUGUUUGCUGGCGUGCCCACCAUGCGGGAAAGCUCCCCGAAGCAGUACAUGCAGCUGGGUGGGCGCGUGUUGCUAGUCCUCAUGUUCAUGACGCUACUGCAUUUUGAUGCUAGUUUCUUUUCGAUCCUGCAAAACAUUGUGGGUACAGCUUUGAUCAUCCUCGUGGCUGUUGGUUUUAAGACCAAACUGGCUGCCUUGACCUUGGUCAUCUGGCUCUUUGCCAUCAACAUCUACUUCAACGCCUUCUGGACCAUCCCAGCCUAUAAGCCCAUGCAUGACUUCCUCAAGUACGACUUCUUCCAGACCAUGUCAGUCAUCGGAGGCCUCCUUCUGGUGGUGGCGCUUGGCCCUGGGGGGGUCUCGAUGGAUGAGAAGAAAAAAGAAUGGUAGAGGAACCACCACUCAUCAUCUCGAAGCCUGGGAACUGACUCUCAAGAGGAAUUCAGUGGAGCGACACCCCCCAUAGAUGUGCCUGAGUUCCCUGGUUUCAAGGCACAGGUUGUUUGGAGAGAGUUCAGUUUUUAAAAAGUGUACAGCCACGCAGAUAAUCCAAGAUUAGAUCAUGUGUUGUAAGGAACAUUUGCUGGGGUCAUUGUUUUGUAAUUCCCUAAAAUUGAAGAAACUUGCUCGCUGGAGCCACACGUACCUCCCAAGUGGCACAACCAGUCGCCAACUCUCGAGCCCCUUUGAUUUUCAAAAUAAGAAAAAAUUUAAACUACUGUGAUCAGAUAACCUGUUGUAUACUUUCAGUGUGAUGGUUAAUUUUUAUUUGGUUUUGUUUACAUUCUUGUAAUUAAACGAAGUCACCUCCCAG